GAUGAAAUAUGAACCCCAUCCAUGUUUCGUUAAAAGUUAAGAAAAUAUAUCAUCACUAUAUGAAACGAAACAAUCAUUAAUAUGGGCGAUAAACCAGAGGAAGGCAGCAGUUCCCUCCCUGUUCGAUUUUGGGGUCUGAAUCCCUUAUUUUGGACUCACAUAAAAAUGUUUGUAACGGAGGUGCAAAGUUUGAAGGACAACUCUGAUUAUAAAGGUGUGUACUGGUAUUCAAACAAUUUUCCUGUGGUAAGGGUUGAAGUUACUGGAUACAUAGUAAGCAUAGAUGUAAGAGAAAAACUUACAACCUAUGGAGUUGAUGAUGGGAGUGGCACCAUAUCCUGUUGUAAGUGGCACUCCCUUGAUCUGAAAGCAGGCAGAGGGCAAGAAUCAUAUGACCUUGGUCAGCUGGUGACAGUGCAGGGCAAGAUUUCUGUUUUCAGAGAGCAGAGGCAACUCACUGUUGAUCUGAUCUAUCCAGAGACAGAUCCUAAUGCUGAAGUCCUCUUCUGGCUAGAGGCAGUCAAUCUCAGUAACACUGUCUACAAAGAACCAUUCAAUCCUUCACUCGAAGAAUUUCAUGCAAGACAUAACCCUGUAUUGAAGGAAACGGAACUGAAAAGAGCUAUUUUGACACACAUUAAGGAAAAUAAGAUUGUAGCAUUCCAGUUUCAGAACUUAUGCUUUGAACCUGAUAUACAACAACUGGCAAGGGAAGCAGCAAAGCAAAAAUGUACCAGUGAGGAGAAAGCCAAAAAAUGGGAUGGCUAUCAUGAAGCAACAAAAAUAAUCCGGCAAAUAAUCAAAGAUUUUGAGAAAGAUGGCAUGGUGUAUCUUAAAGAUUCAAGAAAAGAUCUCUAUCAGGUUAUAAGUCAUGAACACAAUCUUGGAUCAGCCAUUUUGAAAGCAAUGGGAAAAAUUUCAGGACCAUCAGGUUUGUCUGUCUCCAAAUGGGCCAUCAUGGAUGUCCUUCAUUCCUCUCGCACGUUUCAACAUGUAACACUAAAACAAGUUGAGGAAUCACUUGACAAACUGCUACAGAACAGUGAUGUAUACAAACAGAGUGAGAAUGAAUACUGCUUAGUGUAACACAUGUAGUGUAAGAACGAGAAGUUUUAGUCAAGAGUUAAAUGCCAUGCCAAUAAACAGCAAGCAAACCAAGGAUCAGCUUUUAACUGACAGAAUAGUAUUUCAAACAACCCAGCAUAGUUCUUGAAUUUGCAAACAACAGAGACUAACUGCCCUGCAAACAGAGUUAGAAAGAAUCUAUGAUUAGGUAGGUUCUGUUUAUUUUAACUGGUCAGGGAUACAUACAGAGGAACAGUUUUUUUGUGUGUUUGGUAAGUUUUUGUUAUGAAUGUAAAGUAAAACAUAAAGUAACACAAUGAAAAUUCCAAAUUGCAAUGAUAUAAAGAUUAAUUUGAGUUGUGCUUAAUUAAUCACCAUCCUGUAAAUGACUGUUUGAUAUUCAAAAUAAACAAAUUGCUAAAAGUU